AGGAAGGCAGAAGAAGUGGGAAGACGAAUCCGUGCAGUUUAUGUAGGCCAGCAGUGCCGCGCACUCGCGGCUCGAGGAGGCAGCCAGGAGCGCAUUAGAAGAUCAGAGAGCAGAGGCAGCCUGUAAUCCUCGCGAUCUGACGGUGCCUGCCUGCCUGCCUUUUUGCUUUUUUUCGGCUGUAUCAUCGCCUCGUUUCUCCCCCCUCCUACUCCUCCUCCAUCUCCUGCUCCUUACUUUCACUGCAGCUGCAUCGUCUAGGAAGAUCCCGAGCCUCGGAAUGUCAGCGAUGAUGGGGCUACCGGUACAGUGGAGGCUGAGCUUUUCUUUCCUUGGGAUUUUUUCCGUUAUCUUUUUAGGGAUCCCGCUUUUGAAAGCUGAGGAGGAUCAGUCCCAGGAUAUGGAGUGCAAAAUGAAAACCGUCACCGUGUCCGCCUUGCCGUUUCUGAGGGAGAACGAUCUGAGCAUCAUGCACAGCCCUUCCGCCUCCGAGCCGAAGCUCCUCUUUUCUGUCAGAAACGAUUUUCCCGGAGAGAUCGUGGUCGUGGACGAUCUGGAAAACACCGAGCUUCCCUUUUUUGUGCUUGAAAUCUCUGGUAACUCUGAUGACAUUCCCUUAGUACGCUGGAGGCAGCAGUGGUUGGAAAAUGGCACCUUACUCUUCCACAUUCAUCAUCAAGACAGCAGUCAGAAUCUGGCUGGCCUCGCCCCCACUGAUUAUCCACAGAAUGAGUCCGCUGAAGAAGAGCUACGCAUUUUACAUAUUUCUGUCAUGGGUGGAAUGAUCGCUUUGCUCCUUUCUAUCCUGUGUCUGGUGCUGAUUCUCUACACACGCCGCCGCUGGUGUAAGCGUCGCCGAGUUCCCCAACCACAGAAGAGUGCGAGUGCAGAGGCAGCCAAUGAGAUCCACUACAUCCCUUCUGUGUUAAUGGGUGGUCAGGCCCGUGAGAGCUUACGCAACUCACGUGGCCAGGGCCACAACUCCAGUGGAACUCUCAGUAUUCGUGAGACUCCCAUCCUAGAUGGUUAUGAAUAUGACAUUGCAGACCUUCGUCACCAUUUGCAGCGUGAGUGCAUGAAUGGAGGAGAGGACUUUGCAAGUCAAGUUACACGCACACUGGAUUCCCUGCAAGGAUGCAAUGACAAAUCUAGCAUAGACCUCACACCUGGGAGUGAUACCACCAAACUUUCCCUAAUGAGCAAGUACAAGGAUAACAUAAUUGCUACAAGCCCUGUGGAUGCCAAUCACCAACAGACAACUCUUCUGCCGCAUAACACUUCAACUAACCAGCGCAAACGUUUGUCAAACAAAACCAGAGCUGGGUCAGCUUUUCUAAAUCCUGACGGGGAUUCAGGCACAGAAGCAGACAGCGAACCUCAGUUGACUUUUUACACUGACCCCUCCAGAAGCAGGCGACGCAGCCGAGGUAUGAGAAACGGUUCUCCACGAAGUCCAAUCAAUAAAACCACCUUGACUCUUAUCAGCAUUGUCAGCUGUGUGAUUGGCUUGGUCUUUUCUGCUCACCUAUCUUGCCCCCUCAAUGUGCGCAUCAUUCUCCAUGUGCCUGAGCAUCUCAUUGCAGAUGGGAGCAGGUUUAUUCUUCUGCAAGGCAGUCAGCUGGAUGCCAGUGACUGGUUAAAUCCAGCUCAGGUGCUGAUCUUCUUCCAGCAGAAUGCUAGUGGUCCAUGGGUCGCAGAGCUUUGUGCCCGUCGUCUUCUUGACCCCUGUGAGCACCAAUGUGAUCCAGAGACAGGUGAGUGCCUAUGCUUUGAUGGCUAUGUGAAGGAUGCCGUGCACAAGCAUCUCUGCAUAAGGAACGUGUGGGGACUUAAUCAUGGACCUUGGCCAUAUACAAUAUUUCAACGUGGAUUUGACUUAGUAAUGGGAGAGCAGCCAUCUGACAGAAUAUUUAGGUUUACCUAUACUCUGGAGGAAGGAAUGUGGCUGCCACUCAGCAAGAGUUUUGUAAUUCCUCCAGCAGAACUAGCUAUCAACCCAUCAGCGAAAUGUAAAACUGACAUGACUGUCAUGGAGGAUGCCGUUGAUGUCAGGGAAGAGCUCAUGAUCUCAUCAGCCUUUGACAGUCUGGAGGUUUUGUUGGACUCAUUUGGGCCUGUACGUGACUGUUCAAAGGACAAUGGUGGCUGCAGCAGGAAUUUUCGUUGCAUUGCGGACCGUAAGCUGGACUCAACUGGUUGUGUGUGCCCUCCAGGCCUGAGCCCAAUGAAAGAUGGCACUGGCUGUUAUGAUCACCACAUUGGAAUUGACUGCUCAGAUGGUUUCAAUGGGGGCUGUGAACAGCUGUGCCUCAAUCAGCAGGUUACACUAACAGAAGAUCCUUCCCUUUAUAACAUCCUAAUGUUUUGUGGUUGUAUAGAAGACUAUAAGUUAGGACCAGAUGGGCGUUCCUGUCAGCCUUUAUCUGAAACAUGUGAUGAUGGAAUCGACUGUGGAGACAUGUCUGAGAUUCCUGCCAACCAGACAGUUUUUGGGGACCUGUUUUAUGGUUACAAUAAUCAUACGAAAGAAAUUACUUUAGGACAGAUACUAAAGGCAACCUUCAGACAGAAGAACUUUGCACGUGGCAUUGACCAACAGCUCCCAGAUGGAAUGGUAGUGGCAUCUGUGCCAGCAGAGGUGCAAUGUCAUGAAGAACUCUCUGAUCCAGUUCCGGACCCUGAAUACCUCAUUGGUAUGGUAAAUUACAGUGAGGUGUCAGGAUAUCCGCUGGUUCAGCAGUGGAAGCUAAAAUCUAUUAUGUAUCAUGUUAGACUCAGCCAAUGGACUCUAUCACAAGCUUUCAACACUGCAGUCCACUCUUUGGAUGGGGCUACUCAACGAAGUGACUUUGUAUCUGUCCUAAAAGAGUUUGGAAACCACUUCAUACAAGAAGCAGUCUAUGGAUUUGAAGAGUCAUGUGUUAUCUGGUAUCCCAAUAAACAGGUCCAAAAACAGCUGUGGCUAGAAUACCAAGACAUCAGCAAAGGAAAUUCUCCAUCAGAUGAGUCUGAAGAUUGGGAAAAAGAACCAAAAACCCUCACCUUCCCUGCAUACAUUGCUAGCCUUCUUGACUCAGGAGCGAAACGCUUGGCUGCUGGUGUGCAUAUGGAUUGCACUAGUCAAGGACAAUGUCCAUCCUCUUGUCAUUUGUGUCACGUGGCUUCUGGUACUGGACGUGUUGCUGAACCAGUGAUGCUGCAGGUCACGAAGGCAGCUCCGCUCUAUGAGCUUGUUUCUAACAAUGAAACUCAGAGGGCUCUCCAGGAAGCUAUGAUGAGCAUGUUGUGGUGCUCAGGAAAUGGCGAUGUUAUUGAUGAUUGGUGUAGAUGUGACUCCAGUGCUUUUGGAUCAGAUGGCUUGCCUGCCUGUGCUCCUCUUUCACAACCAGUUUUGAAGUUAUCCCAAUCUUAUGAGCCCAGCAGCUCCUUGAUGGUUUUGGAAUGGGACCACACAGAACCUUCUAUUGGGGUACGAAUUGUCGACUACCUUAUUAGCCAAGAAAAGGUGAUGGAAAGAACAGAUCACUCAAAGGUGGAGACAGAAGCCAUGCUUAGCUUUGGGGAUGAUAUUCUUUCAGGUGCUAAAUCUCCGUGUGUGAUGCUCGGAGGAGUUCCUGACCAAAUGACUUCGUCUAUAAGUCUCAUAAUCCGUUGCCUGGAACCCGAUACCACAUACAUGUUUAGAUUGUGGGCAGUAGAUAAUACAGGCAGGCGAUCUAGAGCAUCUGAAGUAACCGUAAAAACGCCAUGCCCAGCAGUAGAUGAUGUCAAAGCGCAAGAAAUAGCAGACAAGAUUUACAACCUGUUUAAUGGCUAUACAAGUGGGAAAGAACAGCAAACGGCCUAUAACACUUUGAUGGACUUGGGCUCACCCACGUUGCACCGGGUUCUGUACCACUAUAACCAGCGCUAUGAGAGCUUUGGUGAAUUCACGUGGCGCUGUGAGGAUGAGCUAGGACCCAGAAAAGCUGGACUGAUCCUUUCUCAGUUAGAUGAUCUCAGCGGCUGGUGCAGAGGCUUACUUCAGGAACCAAAGAUCGGUCUUCGCAGAGUCUCUCUGAAAUACUUGGCCUGCCGCUACACUGACACCAAAUCAGCAGGCUUGAACUGGGCAGACUUGAGUCGUGACAUUAGGAAGGCCUGUGAAGAACAAACUCUGUCAGUGCUGUAUAAUGAUUAUGGGGAGUCAAAAGAGCUGUGAAGAAUUUUCAGAUAUUUUUGAGUGUUUCGGAAGGCACAGGAGUGCUUAACAUUGAUAUAGAAAUUAUACAUGUUUUAAUGAUAUUUUAAACUAUAAACAUAGAAUAUCUGCACUAAGAUCUCACGUUUCCAGUCAGUUUCUUCCUGAUAUAAAGUUGCAAGUACAAACACAAAGAGAUUUGGAAAGUAGUUUGGAAUAUUACAAUUUUAAACAAUCAAGGCCUUAAUUAAGUAUAGCAAAGCAAACAAAUAAACUUGCUGAAUAUUUAAAGACUGAUUUAGAAAGAGAUAAUAAAGUAGUAUAGGAUCUGCUGGCAAGGAGGCACAGUGGUUAGCACUGCUGCUUCACAGGUCCAGAGACGCAAGUCAUUUCUACCUGGUCAGUUUGUGGAGUUUGUCUACUUGGGUUUUAUCCAGGUACUCCAGUUUAUUCCCACGUCAAAAACACAUGCAGGUUAGAUUGAUUAGUGAUUCUUAAAUUGCCCAUUUUGUAUGUGUGUGUGUAUAUGUCUGGGCAAUCUUAUGGACUGCUGAAGGACAAAGGUGUUGCUACGCAUUAUCAUCGUUCAAAGUAAAAUCGAGUUAAGAAAAUGGUGGCUUGAUUAAAUGAUUAAGGAUGAGAAUGUCAACAUUUAAGUGCAAUAAAGAUGACAUGGAUAUUCAUUUAGGGUUUGGAAUUAGGCUCAUAUUUCAGCUCUACAGAGCAACACGGUUAAACGUUUACUCUGACGUUCCCAUCUAUAGUGCAUCUUCAUGGAUGAAUGCUUUGAAAUAACAUUACUAAAAAUAGUUUCAGUGGCAAAAAACCUUAAAACAUCUUUGUGCUCAGUGGAGAUUUGUGAAGUCAUAUAUAUAUAAAUAUAAAAUCUGUAUGGGAAUAUUGGUGAAAACAAUCCCAAAAUGUAAAUAUAAGUGAAAUUGAAACUGUUUUAAUUUCUGAAAAAAUAAUUUCUGAAUGUAGCAAAUAAGGUUAUAUAGUAGUCAGCUGUGUACAGAUGUUAUUUUGUAUGACUUGUUGCAAAUAGCAGUAUUAAUCAAUCUGAAAGUAAUUUUUUUAGUCUUUUAAACACAUUUUUUAAAAUGACAUCAUUAUGUUUAUCAUAUGCACUUGUACUAACCAAACAGUAACAAACAAAUUUUGACUGUCACAUUAAAAAAUAUAUCCAUACUAAACUUUAACAUAUUACAUGCUUAGGCAUUAUUGUAGGUAUGUGCUUAACCUGCUGUGGGGUACCCACAUGGAGUGAACUAACAACCAGCCAUGGGAUGGAAGAAAGACCAACAAAGCUUGCUGUACUACAGUCACUUUAUUUGAGCAUGUUGUGCUGAGGGCAUUGCACCAUUAAACUUAUUGCCUCUCUUAUGCUGACCUCCACUUAAAAACACCACACUUGGUGAAAUAUCAGCCAAUCUGGCUAUAGCAGAGAUUCCCAACUGAUAGUAAAUUUUGGCUACUCAGCGGGUAAAUUUGCUUUAAAAAGCUAAAGUCGUAAGGAUCUCAAUUAGCUCCCAAAGACAACAUGAGAUCUAUGCUUUCAAACUGCACCAAGAAUAUCCAAAAUUCUAUGUGAAAAACAAAAAUACAUGUCUCACUGAAUGAUGUAUUCUCAUCAACUUAAUGUGUUACGUUCUCGUAUACCAGUAACUGCUCAUCAUUAGUUGUUUUAAAAUAAGUGAAAUACUUUAUUUUGCGCUAUUAUUGUUAUUUGAACUUAUAAUAAAAAUGUUAAAAACAUUACCUUAAAAUUUUCCCUUUGUCAAUCGCUUUAUUGUGGUAGAAAUAUAAACUGAAAUUACUGAACAAAGCAGGGUGGGGGUAAAUAUUCUUUUGAAAAGAGUAAACAGGAUAAAAAGGCUGCAAACUCCUAUUGUAUAAUAUUGUUUUGUCCAGCCCUUGUGUGCAUCACAAGAACCAAGUGACUUAGUCUGCUAAAUUAAGCUAAGCACGCAAAUCCAAGGUUAUUCUCCUAGCAUGAGCGUUUGUGGCAUCACUGCAGUGAUUUAUACCACAGGAUGAUUGAUAACAAGUAUACUGACAUGGAGACAAACACGAAAGCAACAGUUAUGCUUUCAUAGAUUACUUAAUUUGUAUUACAAAAAGCUACUAAUUAUCACUUUAUGGAAUAUUUACUAUAAAUUUGUUAAAAGGUUUAAAUAUUUACAGUGCAAUUUAUUUUUUGGCAAAUCAAGUGUUCAUAACCCAGCCUUGCCAUAAUCCAGUAUUAUGUUACAGUCAGCAUACUUUUAACAAGAUUACUAAUGUUUAGAUUAAAUAUUUUUGACUAAGUGAACGUGGACUUUAACAUUUUGUUAAGAAAUAUGUUUCUUCUUUACUUUGAAAAUAUAUCCUGUGUAAUGGAUUUCACAAUAAAUGAUUCUUAUGGAAGUACAAUGCAUAUGCUAUUAAAAUCAAAACAGCAGUAACUCUUCAUUGGUUUGGUCUCUUAUCAAUGGAUUAUUACAGUUUAUUACAAGAUAUCCUGUAUAAUUAAUUUCAAUGCUUAAUACUUUAAAGUGCACAGUUUGUUGUCAAAUUAGAAAGACAUCCUGGUACAAAAGAGAAAAAGAAAACUUAAACAUACCCCAAAGCUCUGUGAUAUGGAAUGCAACUCUUUGAAGCUGGCAUGCAUUUUUUUAUAAUAUUAAUGAAGAACAUGCUUUUCCCUUUCAAAUAAUUGUGUUAGCUUUCAGUGUAUAUUGAUAUGAGAGCUCCUUCAUUUUACACUCAAACCGUCAGUGGAUCGUCCUUUCAUUAGGGACUGACUGAACAUUCUACAUGAUGGUGAAAGAGCUGCCAGCACUGUAUUACUGUACAUAUUGCUUCACCCACUGCUGUUGAAACUUAAAUUAGGCAAAGAUGGAUCUUGUUUUACACAGACAUUUGUAAAUCUGCAUGUGCUUAUGUUUUUGUAAACCCUAAAUUGACAAUUGUGUGCUACAGGUAUAAUGAAUGUACUGUAAACAUUUCACUUAUUCUUUUAGAUUUAACAUGCAAAUAAAGAGAAUGUUACAAAUUA